UACCUUCAGAAAUUAAUGGCCAUGAGUUCGUAUAUGGUGAACUCCAAGUAUGUGGAUCCCAAAUUUCCUCCUUGCGAGGAAUAUUCGCAAAACAACUAUAUCCCUGACCAGGGCACAGGGUAUUACAGUCCAUCGCAGGACACAGAUUUCCAGCAUCCAGGAAUCUAUUCACGGUCAAACUACACCGAGCAGUCCUUCAGCUGUAACACGGUGCAGGGCUCCACGGUGCAGCCGCGGGGUCAUGUGCAGGAGCACGCCGGCCAACUUAGCCCAUUCACCGCUCAGACCGAGCCGUGCCCGCCGGUCCAAAUUCCCGGCCCUCGGACAGGCGGACAACAACAAAACACAAAGAACCAAAACGGGAUACAAGCCAAGCAGCCAGCAAUAGUCUAUCCCUGGAUGAAGAAAGUCCACGUUACAACGGUGAACCCGGAUUACACAGGACCAGAGCCCAAACGGUCACGGACAGCGUAUACAAGACAGCAGGUUUUGGAACUGGAAAAGGAAUUCCAUUUUAACAGGUAUCUUACUAGAAGGCGGCGUAUUGAGAUCGCCCAUACCCUCUGCCUCUCCGAGCGCCAGAUCAAAAUCUGGUUUCAGAACAGAAGAAUGAAGUGGAAGAAAGAUCACAAACUGCCAAACACAAAAGGCAGAUCCUCAACGGCCUCCAGCCAGCAUUUACAAACUAUUCAGAAGGACAACCAGACUGAUAUCACAACUUUAUAAAAAAUGGAGGGAGACCGAUUUCCUUCUCUCUUCAAAUGUACAGUGAAUUGUACAUAAAAGACUACGUGUCAUCAGACGCUGCAUGGUUACCAAACAUGACAUUUUUGGUCGUUGCCAUUUAAUGUAGAACGCAAACAGACAAACGUUACAAACCAUACAGUGUCGAGGAGCUGCCGUACGAGGACUCUAUACCGAAUGACUAUCACGUCGACCAUUGUAACUGUUA